GGAGUGAUGUGAAGUCUGGCGGCGGAGCGCCGGCGACGUCUGGCAGCGGAACAUCAGCACCGGGCGGCUGCUUUUUACAGGUGCAUUGAAGUGUGAGAGCCUCUUUAACCCGUGCCAACCUUGGAUCAGUGGGGAAGAAGUCAGAAGAGGAGAACAAGAGAAGCGAGCAGCAGGAGGAGAAGAAUCUGAGGGGUGUCAUGCAGCAUGUUAAUCAGAGCUGAGUUUCAGAGGUGACUGUAGCUGUGGAGAAGACCCACGCCGACAGAACAAGAUAUUCUCAUCUACACACAUAAAGGCAGAAGAGAGAAGAGCUCGACAGCCAAGACGCCGGCGGCCUCACUACAACUGUCAGCGAGUUGGAAUGUAUUGAGAUGCCUCCAUCCACGUCCACCCUCUAAGCUCUAAAACAGUCGUCUCCCUGCCACCUUUAUGCUGAUUCCGACUCUAGCUCUUCCUCAUUCCGUCCUGAAGUUCUGCUGUCUUGUCUUACAGUAGAACGGGUCAAAUCUAAGUAAACCGACUGAGAGGUCAGCUAACCAAUCAGCUGUGUGGUUCAUCAGCAAGUAGAGCCACCACACAAGCUCUUGUUGAACACAUGGACUGUUGAUGAAGGAAGAUGGCAGUGAGACUGGCUGGUGCCGCCCCUUCCUCUCGGCCACCCUCCCUCUCCCUUGUGGCUCGGACCGGUUGAAAUUGGUCCGUUGGCUAUCAUUGCAGCAGCUGGCAGAGAGCUGGAAGGAGCAGUAUGCAGGAGACUGACUUACCAGCCACAAAUACCUUCAAAGAGUGCAAAUUCCACUGCAGCAAUGGGAACUGUUUGCGUCUGGGUUCUCUGAUCUGCAACCAGCUGAAUAACUGUGGGGACAACAGCGAUGAGGAGAACUGCCCCGUGGUCACCCAGCACCCUCCACCAGGCAUCUUCAGCUCUGAACUGGAGUUUGUUCAGAUCGUCAUCAUCAUCGUGGUGAUGACGGUGAUGGGGUGUGUGAUCAUCUGCCUGCUCAACCACUACAAGCUGUCCACCUGGUCCUUCAUCACGAGGCAGGGCCAGGCACGCAGGCACGAGCACGCCCUGCAGCAGGAUGGGUGUCUGUGGCCUUCAGAUGUCAGCUCACGACAAGGCACCUCAGAGGUGUUAUACGCUCCACAGACCAGGGAUCGCUUCACGGCUCCGUCCUUCAUGCAGCGUGACCGUUUCAGCCGCUUCCAGCCCACCUAUCCCUACCUGCAGCACCAGAUCGACCUGCCGCCCACCAUCUCUCUGUCAGACGGCGAGGAACCGCCCCCUUACCAGGGACCCUGCACCUUACAGCUUCGUGACCCUGAGCAGCAGAUGGAGCUUAACCGUGAGUCGGUGAGGGCUCCUCCUAACCGAACCAUCUACGACAGUGACUUAAUUGACAUGGGAGGAGGUGCUACUUUGGGAGGAGGAGGAGGGGCAGGCGUAUUAGGAGGUGGUCCGAGGCCUCCCAGCAGUAACUCUGGCAUCAGCGCGGCAAACUCCAGCAGCCACGGGCGCAUGGAAGGUCCACCGCCAGCAUACAGCGAGGUGAUGGGCCAUUACCCUGGCUCGGCGUUCUUUCUACACCAGCACAGCAAUAACCAGAGGGUAGGGGGGCAGGGGGCGCCGGCGAGCAGGAUGAUCCAGCAGCAGAGCCAAUCAGAAAGCACAAUAGUACCUGCCAAGGAUGGCCAACCAGAGGACUUGGUGUGAUCGGGCAGGAAUAUGAGACCACCCACCCCAGACUUUGUCUGCGUCGCCGCUUGUUUCUUGGACCACCUGUAAGCUGUGGUCUCUCUAUCUCUGUCUCUCUCUCUCGUGCGUGCGCGCCACACUCCCAUGCACAAAUAGACUGAUGAAAUCGAGGACGGAGAGGGAAAGCACCCCUUAUUUUCAUUUCUUUUUACUUUCUCAAUGUUAGUAAUCAAAUCGCUAUCACUGCUGGGGUAAAAUGGAAGCACCACGUGAAGUUUUUUUUUUUGUUUUUUUUUUUAUAAAUUUGAGAAGGAUCCUAGCACAGAUAGAUUUUGCUUCCCAGGAUGAGUCCGUCCCCGGGGUCUGAGGAUUUAUGCUUUUUGUUUAAUUUCGGACCGGGAUCUGUGCACAAGUGUGGACUGGAGAACACGACAAACAAGAGACUCUCAAAUCUAAAUCUUAGUGCCAAGGUUCACAAGGAAGCAAAACACAGAGGGAAGUACUUUAAAAAAAAAAAUACCACAAAAAAAAAGAAAUCUAAAAGUUGCACUAUCUUUUCAUUGAAGAGGGAAAUGAUGCUUUGUGUAUGUGAUGAUGUUUUUUUCUGUUUGUCCUUUUCAUGAAUGGAUCGACUGAACUUUGGCUCCACAUUUGUUCAAACACGUUGGAGCCAAAAAAAAAAAAAAAGGAAAAAAAA